AUGCGGCGUUCACUCAAGGGCGACAAAGACCAGAAGCCACAGCAUGUCUCCAUCACUCCCAAGUCUGCCAUCGCUAUUUUGCCGCCAAAGAAGGUCAUAAGGGCCCUCUACGAUUACACUCCCGAUCCAGCCAACACACACGAGCUUGCCUUCAGCAAAGGUGAUUUUUUCCAUGUUAUAAGCAGAGAAGACGACUUCGAUUGGUACGAAGCCUGCAACCCACUAUCCUCCAGUGCCCGUGGUCUGGUCCCCGUCUCUUUCUUCGAGGUCAUCGGCAAGACAGAGCGAAACAGCGGCGGCUCGACUGGCUUUCCCGAAGACCAUCGCAGCCACGACCUUCAGAGUUCGGAUCCUUCGGACCGGAAUACACUCGUCGGUACAGAAUCUACGACAAACACGACAAAACAAGGUGCGCAGGCAAGGAUGUCGGCGAUUGGGAAGAGUGCGGGCGCAAUGGUCUACGGAGUGGUGCAGUAUGAUUUUCACGCAGAAAGACCAGAUGAAUUGGAGGCCAGAGCCGGCGAGGCGAUCAUCGUCAUCGCCCAGUCGAACCCAGAGUGGUUUGUUGCAAAGCCAAUUGGCCGUCUGGGUGGCCCGGGCCUCAUUCCCGUCUCCUUCAUCGAGGUCAGAGACAUGGUCACGGGCCAGCCCGUAACCGAUCCCCACGAAGCCGUUAAGCGUGCGGGAGUCCCGCGGGUCGAAGAGUGGAAGAAAAUGACAGCAGAGUACAAGAACAGCUCUAUUACCCUGGGCAAGUUCGAGACUGGAGGUGUUCAGUCUGCCACCGCCGAAAUCGAAAAGAUGAGCUUGAACAACAGCGGCCAUCACAACAGCAACGAUUAUUACCAUCAGCGCAACGCAAGCAAAAGUCAGAGAUAUCCCAACCCGAACCAGCAAUUCCAACAGCAGCGAUCACAGGAUUAUUAUUCCGUCCCCGCUCCGGUUCAGGCGUCGAUCCCCCGCUACUGCUUCGAUAAUGACAAAUACUGGUAUAUUAUUGAGGCGCAGAUGGAAGAUGGCAGAUGGUGGGAACUAUCAAGAUACUAUCAUGACUUUUAUGACUUCCAGAUAGCUCUGCUUGCGCAAUUCGAGGAGGAAGCUGGGAAUAAGGGAGGUCCUCGGACACUGCCAUUCAUGCCCGGCCCAGUCACUCAUGUGACAAAUGCAAUAUCCAACGGUCGCCGUCAAAACCUGGACGAGUACAUUAAGAAAUUACUCUCCAUGCCGCCGCACAUUUCGCGCUGUCAGCUUGUCCGCCAGCUUUUCGCACCACGGCCUGGCGACUUCGAAAUCGACCCUGCCGCAAUGGCCGACGAAUACCGGCUAUCCUCGGGCUCUCAGCCAUCCUCAGGACACGAUGCAUCGCCCAGUGCAUCUCGACAAUCCUCACAAGGCCAGAUGAACAGCUAUCUUAACCACCAGCGGAACCAGGGGUCCGUGUCGCAAUCAAGCGUGGCCCAGCAGCCGAUGAUGCUUCGACAGGGUAGCGCACUAACACAAGGGUCCAUAUCAUCCGGCUCGAAUGCGAUCAAGAUCAAAGUGUUCUUCCAAGAUGAUCUCAUUGUCGUCCGUGUCCCUACCGAUAUCACAUUGCAGCAAUUAAGAGACAAGAUCAAGGACCGCUUAAAGGUCGACGAGGACAUCCUCCUGCGGUACAAGGACGAACCGUCUCGCGGGUUUGUAGAACUGCUCAGUGACGCUGAUCUGGAGGUGGCAAUUCAGCGGAAUACGAAGCUCAUGGUAUAUGUUGGGAUUGCGUGA